AAGACGCACUCCCACCCACCAAACUUCUCAUUGUUGUCAUCGAUCAUCCAUCAUCAUAAUCUCUGGUUCCUUCUGGCUGAUCUUCUUAUACAGCCAUGUCGAAGCACUCUCUCAGUAAGUUUGGGUUUGCGUUUGGUCUUCUUGUUCCAGCCAUCCUCCUCCUGCCCCAUCCCGUGGCCUGCGAUGAGGACAGGGACAACCUCCUUCAAGGCAUCAACAGCUACCGGACUUCCCUCAACCUCCUGCCCUUGGCAAAGAAUGACAGGGCAGGCUGCCUCGCGGACGGGAUCGCAGAUCAGCUCGAGGACCAUCCUUGCGUGGCAACAACCACAGCGAAUGCCAUCCCUGGGACAGGACCGCAGCUCUCCAACUACCCGAACCUACUCUCCAAGUGUGGCAUCCACAUUAACAACACGAGAGACGGAGUGAUCCUCCCUGUCUGUGUGCACAACCGAGUUCCCACCCUAGUCUUGACGAACUACACCCGUACGGGCUAUGCCGGGUACCUGAAUGACUCGAGGUUCACUGGAGCUGGUAUUGGGGUGGAAGACAACUGGAUAGUGGUGAUCCUGGCGACCAGUACUCAGCAGGGGAGUUUCGCGAGUGGGAGCAGUUUGGGCUGCGAGUUGAGCACGGGUUUAGGGUUUAUAUGUCUGGCGAUAUUGGGGUUGAUUCUGUACAGCCACUGAGUGGCAUCUUCUUUACUUUUGCACUUUCUGUUGGUAUGUAUGUAUGUUUUCGGGAACAAAGUUCAUAUUUGUUGUGUAACGUAAAGAUAUGCAUCAUUUUCUCUAUA